ACAAUUCUAGAACUCUCCUUAACCAAUUUAAAACCAAUAAACAAUCCCUUGAAACUUCUAGGGUUUCAUUUCAUUAUCCUUCCAAUCCUUCACAGUUUCUCUCUCGCUCAGCUUACAGUCUUCACACUCUCCUCACAUUUCUACUCAUCAAUUAAAGAGGAAAAUGGCAGCAGCUCAGCUUACAGCAGCAACUGUAUCGAGCAGGGGUUUACCCACUUUUGAAGGGCUUAGGUCUUCAUCGCUCAAGGUUGCUGCUUUUGUGCCGUCGAGACAAGGGCUUAGCCAGAGGUCUUUCAGCCCUCUUGUUGUUAAAGCUGCCACUGUUGUUGCCCCCAAGUAUACCUCAAUCAAGCCUACCGCUGAUAGAGUGUUAAUCAAGAUCAAGGAAGCAGAGGAGAAGACUUCUGGUGGUAUUUUGCUACCCUCAACAGCUGUAUCUAAGCCCCAAUCUGGUGAAGUGGUAGCUAUUGGAGAAGGCAGGACAAUUGGGAAGAACAAAGUAGAAAUUGGUGUCAAGACUGGUACUCAGGUAGUGUACUCCAAGUAUGCAGGGACUGAGCUGGAGUUUAAUGGGUCAAACCAUUUACUACUGAAGGAAGACGACAUUAUUGGCGUUCUUGAGACAGAUGAAAUUAAAGAUCUUAAGCCUCUGAAUGAGAGAGUUCUCAUUAAGGUAGCUGAGGCUGAAGAGAAAACCGCAGGAGGUUUAUUAUUGACAGAAGCAUCCAAGGAGAAGCCCUCAGUUGGCACUGUGAUCGCGGUUGGGUCUGGUCCAUUGGAUGAGGAAGGCAAUAGGAAACCAUUGUCAGUGGCAGCAGGGAACACAGUGAUGUAUUCCAAGUAUGCAGGAAACGAGUUCAAAGGAAAAGAUGGAUCUGACUACAUAGUUCUAAGGGCGUCCGACGUUAUGGCUGUUCUUUCCUCUUAAUCGCGUAUCUUGAAACUAUGUAAAAGGAAUGUGUUUUAGGUGGUAAUGAUUUUUGUAGCAACAUGAGUGUUGAAGUGUGUUCAUAUAGCUUGCAAUUUUGAUUGUUGAGUUUCACAUUUGGCUUCAGUUUAAUGUAUUAUUGGGCCCGAAAAUUGGGUCAGUUGAAACA